GACAGCUGUGUAACUAGGAUCUGCCCAAAGGAAGGAAAAAGAGCCGAGUGAAUUCAGAGCGGUUUCGAGACUGUGACUAAACACGCUCUCGUCUCGUCCGUUUCUCCUUGCGAGUCUGAAAACGGAACUACCUCGGUGUCUGUCUUGUUUUUUUAGGUGUCUUGAACCUGACAGGCCCGACCCGGUGGGAAAGAUCAUGACACGAAAGACGAAAGACGAAAGACAAAAGAGCGCUUUGUCGUCUGCUUUCGCGGAGAUGCGGAAAUAUUUGCCGUUUCCGACGUGUCCUUGCAUCACGAGCGAGCGCCGCGUCAACACAGAGACUUUUGCUUCGUUCGUUUGUGCGCCGGGAUCGAUUGAGGUUCAAGAGCCGCAAACAGGUGAUCGAUUCCUCCGCUGCGAUUGGUCGUCUGCGCCCCUCCCGCGACCCGGUUAAAGUCCGUGUUUGUUCGUCGGUUUGUCCCGGUCCGGCCUUCCCGUCGCCGGCGGCCAUAAAGGCGCCGUCGCGGCUCGUGCGACUCGCGCCUGUUCCGGUCCUUCCUCUUCCUCGUCUUCAUCAUGGCGGCUCACCUCUUGGCCGUUCUACUGUGCUGCGCGGCGGCCGCUCCGGGCCUCCGGGGGGCGCCGUCGUCUCCCGCGGUGACGUGCGGCGAGGACGGCGCGGCGGCGGCGGCGAGCCUCGCCGUCCGACACAUCAACGAGCAUCAAAAGCACGGAUUCAAGUUCAAGCUGGAGGAGGUCCAGAGCAGCAACAUUGAACAGUACCCCGGAGGUUGCCACAUCGACAUCGACGUGAAGCUGAAGCAGACCGGAUGUCACGUCACCAACCCCAAACCGGUCGACCAAUGCGAGGUCAUGAUGCUGUCCGAACGGGGCGCGGUGGCCACCUGUAGCAGCAAGUUGAACGUGAUGGGGGGCGUGGCCACAGUGGCCAGUCACCAAUGCGCCACAAGACCAGAAAUGACCAACUCGGAGAUGGUGACGAUGUGUCCCGACUGCCCCGGGCUGUUGCCUCUCAACGACGAGACGGGCGUCAAGGCGGUGCAGGAGGCGGUGAAGAAGUUCAACCGGGAGAGCAACCACCAGCAUUAUUUCGCCCUGAUGGAAAUUUCUCUGCUGACGAGCGGGUACAUCCCGUCGAUCGGAAUGAACACCUGGGCCACGUUCGCCUUGGUGGAGACCACCUGUCCCAAGAAUUCCAAGAUCACUCACGAGGCCUGCACGCCUCGCUGCCCGGACCGAGCGCAUCACGCCUUUUGUAAAACCUCCUACACGAGCAGCGACAGACAAGUGGGAGAUCUUGUGUGUGAAGUAUACGCGCCAAAAAAUACCGAGCCCCUCCCGCCCGGCGCGCAGGAGCCCGCGUGCGGAAGCUUCCAAAGUCCGGAAGCUUCCGGCUGCACGGCUCAGCCGAGCGACCGCGAGCCGGAAAUCCACCGGAUUUGUCCUUUCCCGGAUGCCGUGCAGUUGCCGCAAGUGCCGCAAGUGCCGCAGCCGCAGGUCUAAAAGCUCAACGUCACGUCGGCGCACUUUGCAACGCCGUCGUAAUAAAGAAAACUACCAAAACUGGUUUGCUCCUUGUCGUUCGUCUGCGCUCACACGUGAUGCAAGGACACGACUGAUUUUGAAUGACAGCUUUUUUUCCUCCUUGAUGAGUUAGCGUUCAUGCUAACGCUAAUGUCUGUUAAAA